UUUUAGCCACUUAUAGCAAGACGACGUAAUAGACGCAAUGAACUCACUACCGUUGAACCGUUGACACUAAGCUGUCAUUUUGUCACAUCACAUUUCCGCGGUUAGAUUAAAACUUGCCAAACUAACUGUGGGUUUUGUUUCUUCGUCCAAGCAAGCUGCCCUUGGUUGUCAAAACAUCAUUAGUCCAGUCCCUGGUAUCAAGGUCCUAAAACGAACCCAAAGGUGCUAAAGUAGGUGCUAAACCUGACCUGGUUUAAUGGCAGCUACAAAGAACCAGACGUUGAUCCACAAGCUCCCGCUACUUCCGUCUUGUGACAGACAUAGGAGCCUAGUCUAAAGAAGGCCUUCGCCCCAGUUUCACCGUUGCAACUGCGAUCAGAAUGUCGCCGGUCGUCUGAUCUUGAGUGACCUUGACUGACGCCCGGGCCCCCGCCCACCCUACCUGCCUGCUGCCUGGGUGCUGCGCCUCGUUGCAAAGCUCACUCUCUUUGGGCCAAAGUUCGACAGUUCCCUGCAGCGAUUCGGCCUGUCUCUCUGCAACUCAUUGUGUAUUCCACAACGCAGUGGCUCGCUGGGAGUAUUUUUGUACGGAUUAGCCUUUUGGAAACACGUACCUCCGCCACGACCGACUGCAGCCAGCCUCUGGGGAGCUUGGGUCCCAUUCGACAGGCUUUCUGUACCUUCUGCGAACCCCACAACCCCGCAAUCCCUUACCAACAACCAUCGCACCGGCAUCAGCUCCCUACCUGUUCCCCCGGCGCGAUGGCGGCCGAGCUGCGGGAGCGCGUCGCCAAGCCGCAUAUCGACCAUUACUUGUCCCCGGAUACACACGGCCUCAAGAAGCCCAAAUCAUCCUCGAACGAAAUCAAGAGCGAAAAGAGACGAGAACCGCGGCAGGAGCACCCUGCCGGCGACGAGAAAUAUGGUCGCGUGGUUGCGAUCCUUAGGCGCCUUGCCUUUGUGUCCUACUUUGCCAUAUGCGUCUGUACCAUCUUGAUGACCCAGGUCAUCGGCGCGCCGCUCUACUGGUACAACCGCGACUGGUACUACUCAUGGAUGUCCAUGACUAAGGCGCACUUUGGAAUCACCAUCACGACCAUGACCAAGUGGUGGGGUCCUACGAUAAUCCGCAUCAGUGGCGACGACUCCAUGGACGGUCAGAUCCGCCAGAAGCCCGACGGCACCGUCGAGUUCGCCUUCCCGGAGCGGCUCGUCAUGAUCGCCAACCACCAACUCUACACGGACUGGCUAUACCUGUGGUGGGUGGCCUACGCCAACAGUCCGCAGAUGCACGGUUGGAUCUACAUAAUCCUUAAAGAGUCGCUCAAGUACAUACCCGUCAUAGGCACCGGAAUGAUGUUCUAUGGGUUCAUCUUCAUGUCGCGCAAGAUGGCCGUCGACAAGCCCCGCCUGGCCCACCGCCUCCAGAAGCUCAAGACCUCGAGCGCCGACCCUAGCGCCUCGGCCGGCCGUUCCCUAAAUCCCAUGUGGCUGCUUCUCUUUCCCGAGGGCACCAACGCAUCCGCGAACGGCCAGAUUAAAUCCGGCAAAUGGGCCGAAAAGAUUGGCGUCAAGAAUCCACAGCAUAUGCUGCUUCCUCGCAGUACCGGCAUGCACUUCAUCCUGAGUGAGCUCAAGGGUACGGUGGAGUAUUUGUAUGACUGCACUGUUGCAUAUGAGGGAAUACCUCGAGGUGAUUUUGGCGAGCAAUACUUUACCCUCUCCAGCACGUACUUUGAAGGCCGUCCACCCAAGUCUGUCAACUUUCACUGGCGCCGCUUCCGCGUGGCCGACAUACCGCUCGACACCCCAGAGGCGUUCGAUGAGUGGAUGCGCGAGCGCUGGUACGAGAAGGACGAUCUCAUGGACAAGUACCUCACCAACGGGCGGUUCCCAUCGAGCAAGGUGGCCAUUGUGGGCGCCAAGUCGUCAGACGAUGCAUACAUAGAGACCGAGGUUCGGCCCAGGUGGCCAGGGGAGGUGAUGCAGCUAUUCUCUGUCGUAGGGUUGGUCAUGAUAGUUUCCACCUUUGUUCUCAGGGCUUUGUCUCGGAUCUUCUAGACCAGGCCUUCUUGUUGAAGUUGAUGUUGGAUUCCGCAUACGUUGGAACUGCGGUGUGCACAAUAUUUGUCGGAAGAUUUAGCAGUGGAUGGGAGCACUUUCUCUGGGCACAAUGGGAUUGGCGUUACGGCAACUCCUUUUUCUUUCCCUUCUGUUUCCAACAAGUUGUUGCGAUGGUUCUUUUCUCUGGAUUACUGAUCGGGCGCAUUUUGGCUUAUCCAGGGAGAACAUGGCUGGUUUCCCAGAUGGCAUGUCGAUGGUGCCUGGGCGUUUAUACCCCUUUUAUCAGUCAUUUUCACGCGGUAUUCAUUAUAAAGGAAUUCCUAUCCGAGUCUCUCUUCUCAAUCUCAUUUGGCCAACCGUAUUUGUGAUGAAUGGCCGUGUCUCAGAGCAAGUCUCCGCCACAUACGG